GCCAACGGCUUGUGCUGAUACCGAUUAUGGAUUUGUGGUCCGCCCCAGAGGAGGCAGAGGUCCCGCUGCCUCUGUGGCCAUGCGACUCAGUGUCAAGUACGGAAACACAUCCGUCAUGGUCCUGGAGGAAGAGGGGGAGAACGAGGAUGGUAUGGUGGGUAGAUCGAGAACAGGAACGAAGAAAGAAAAUCAGACUUCUUUGCGAGGCGUCCUGAUGAAGAAGAGUGCCAGCCUGCUGAGUCCUCAGGCCUGGUGGCCUCCCAGGUCGCGUCGCACCAGGUCUACAAAAGACGAACAAGAGAACUCAGUCAUGGAAACGCCUCCUUGCGACGUGGGGCCACAACGAAGGUGGCGCAGUUUGGGAGCUCUGAUGAGGAUCCCAUCGGCAUCCCUCCCACAGUCCCAUCAUCAGUAUCCACAGCAAGAUCAGGCUGUCUCUUCCUCCACACGUGCUCAGUCCUUUUAUCUCCUGGACGACUUUCUGCGGCCUCAACAAAACUGCAGCGGCAAGCCACAGCAGCAACAACAGCGCUACCUGCCAGAGUUCCGAGAGGCGAGGCUUAUCUUCAAUGGUAACUGCAAUGCCAACAAGACUUGUCGUGAGACUCAUCAGCAGUACAGCGGUGGGGCUAACACCAGUUCCUCAGACUCGCUGGAACUGUCGUCUCCAGUUCCGCCUCCAGUUCCUCCUCCGCCGCCGCCCUUGAGAUUGCUCGGAUACCGCGACUGUGGCUGCAGGCAGUGUCGGCGAGACAGACAACUUCUUGCGCCCGCAGUGUCGGAGGACCGACUCCAUCGCUUCGACACGAGUCCGGGGGCGCUGCAUCACAAGGACGCGCUUGCCAGCGGCAGAGUACGGCAGCCAAGACGUCACAAGCCAAAACGCAGCUGA